UUUGGCCAUCGAACGUCAAUGGCGGUGUUGAGAGCCCUGUGAAGGCUUCGGUUUCUGGAAAAAAUUCUUUUUCUAGCUGUUCUAGUGCGUUUUCAAUACCUUUUGCGACGAAAAUUCUUACAGUGACGGUUCUCCCGCCGUUUCACAUCGUAACAUUGUGGGUAAGACAAUUGUCUGUGAGUCGUGCGGAGAAAUCUUUGCGUGAGAAAAUAACCUCACUUUGAUCUGCCGGACUUUCGAAAAUCAUGUAUGAGGAAAAUUGGGACGAUGAAGAUGAGCCCUCCACCUCUAAACCAAUCAGCAAACCCCCAGUGAUGCCUAUGUUCAAAGGUCACAAGUACUACAAGUAUCCGGAGAAGAGUCGACAAAAUAAGGGACAAAAUCAGCAAAAUGAUGGUAAUGCUAACAAGAGGAAGCAGAAUUCUUUCAGGAAGCGCUUCGAGGAUGCUGGUCUCAUGUUGGACAUCUCCCCGACAAAGGACAGUCCGCCGCCGGCUAUGUCGCAGGACUUGAGGGAGUAUCUGGACACUAGGAAGCCCAAGCGCUCGCACUGUCCGACCAGGGAUGUUGAGAGUCUGCACAAGGAGCUGGCGGGUCUGAAGGAGAGCUAUGCGGCGUUUGAAAACUUCCCGGAAUCCCAUCCCAAGUACCAGGCGGAGUGGCGCACGUACUGGAAUCGCCGGUGCGAGGAGUUGACGCGCUUCGGCAUCGACACGGAGGACUAUGACUUCAAGCCGGAGUGGCUGGAGUUCUGGAAGAGGCGCCUAAAGGAGCUGUAUACGGAGGAGUCGGAGCACAUCCUCAAGGCCAUUCGGGAGGCGACGGAGCGUGAGCAGGAAGGUGAGAGUAGUUGGAGCAGUGAUGGUGAGCCGGAGAAAAAGAAGCCGCCGCCGCAGCAGCUGCAGCCAAAGAAGCCCUCAUUUCCCCCACUGCCGCCGCUGUCCACUUCAUCUAGACGAACCACACGAUCGCGAUCGCCGAAGAUCGAGCGCACGAUUGGCAUUCCGGUGGAGAUGCCCGAUGAGGUGCUCACGAUUACGUCGGCGAUGGAGACGAUCACGAAUCUGGAGGACGCGUUGAGUCGCAUCGGGCCGAAGGUGAUUGAUUUAGUCGGCAAGAGCAUGGCCAUGAUUGAGGGGAUUGAUUUGAACAACUUCAGUCGUUCGCGUGACGUGACAAGUGUGAAGGAUAAGCUGAACGGACAGAUGCUGCACACGAAGAUUCAGUCUGUGCUGAAGACAUUUGAGAACAUCACGCACAUUCUCAAGCAGAUGACGGAGUCGCCGAACCAUCAGACGCUGAGCGACAAGGCCAGGAGUCAGACUGACGAUCCGCUGGACACGAUGAAUGAUGAUGUGAAACACUGGAUGUCGAUGUUCACGGACGUGCUGGAUAAUCUGGAUGGCAAGAAUCCGGAUGGGCGACACUUUGGCGAGGGCAGCAGUGCUGCUGAGCAGCUGACGGACACAGAAAUUGAGGCGCUGCUGCAGAACUUUGACACACUGUCGGAGAAGGAGAAGAAUCACCUCAUCAUGUUCCUCAAGAGUCUCGAGAAGACAGACGAGGAGCGCGUGAAGCGCCUCAGGUACUUCUUCAAUGGCCAGGUGAAUCGGGCUCUUUCAGCCGCCCGCAGCUCGCCGUGCAGCAGUCGCCACAGGCGCGAGAGAUCGCGCUCGUCAUCGCGAUCGUACUCACGCUCGCGCUCCUGGUCGCGCCGGCCGUCUCGUGAGCGCUCACGUUCUAACUCACGACUGCGCCGGCGUCCACGAACGCCGUCGCCACUGCCGGAGAUCAUUGACAAUCUGCAGAUGCUGUAUCAGGAGCAGUUCAACGAUCCCUUCUACUCGGACGUGAUUGAGUCGCUGAAGCAGCCGCACUGGCGAGCGCCGCGCGAGGUGGAGCAGUUCCUCAAGGAGUGGCGCGGCAUGGCUCUGGACUCCGAUUCGGGGGCGCUGAAGGUGAAUGUGCGUGGAAACGAUGUGUACGUGAUUCCGGACAGGAUUAAGGUGGAUGUGAUUAUGGACUUCCACAGGAAGGCGACGCCCUCGGGCAAGAAAAUCUGUCGCACGCGCGCCGAGACAGUGUCAUUCGUGACGCGCUACUGCUUCAUCCCUGGAUUGCAGAAGAUUGUCAACCACACCGUGGACAAAUGCAAGUAUUGCAGAGGAGAGUGAAUCAUUGGCAGGUGAGCGGCGUGGAAUUAUUGUGUUGCAUUCUGAUUAUUCAAUACAGACAGAGAAUUUGAUAAAAAAAAUCGUUUCUCAGACUCAAUUCCUACGCAUUCUGCACUCUUUAUCUGCAGUUUAUCUAUUUUCCAAACAAUAUAAAAGACCUGAAAUGAUUAAGCCUGAUUCUCCACUUUUCGCUGAUGAUUUCCAGGAAAUUUACCAUUUCUUAAGUGUCGCAAUCUUGCAAUUUCAAAGUACAAACUCACAAUUUCACAACUCGCUGCUCAUGACGCAUUCAAAGCAUCUUCAUAGAGUUUUCCACGGAACAAAAAUUCGAUGUUCUUCGUGAAGUUCAGGAGUUUAUUGCGAAAA